AUGCCCAAGCAGGCGUACGCCGCCAUCGACCUCCCGAUCCUGGGCCUGCUCUUCGGCACCAUGAUGGUCAGCAUCUUCCUGGAGCUCGCCGACAUGUUCGGCUACCUGGGCAAGGCGCUGGCGUGGCGCAGCCGCGGGAGCAAGGACCUGCUGUUUCGCGUCUGCCUCUUGUCCGCGGUGGCCAGCGCGCUCUUCAUCGAGGACACCUACUGCGUCGUGCUCUUCAUCGAGGAUACCUACUGCGACGGCGCAGGAAGAUCACCAGGACCACCAGCCACCAGCGCAGCAUCAUCAUCGAGGACGCGCCAGACGACGGCGAGAAGGGCAAGGACGGGGGCGCAGCGAGGAUGAGGCCGGCGACGGUGUCUGUAAGGUGGGAGCAGACGGAGGGAACGGCUGGCAAACGGCGAUGUGCUCUGGCAAACAAACACAAAAUUUGAGUGUGCUAUAGCAAAGACUAAAUUUUUUAGUGUCCUAGAGCAAAAGUCACCAUUGAAGAGUGUCCUCUAGCCAAUUUUCCCAAU